UUUACGGUUUUGCAGUUUUUCAAUUUUGCGUAGAUGAAAUUAUUUAUCUACUCUGUGAAAAUUCCAGGUGUAAUUUAAUAUUCACGAAGAUGUCAAAUACAACGUGGUCAUCGGUGUGCGAUCUACAUGAUCAUAUUUUAAGCACAAUAUCGCGAUUGGGAUUCAAAAACAUGACACCUGUACAGGUUGCCACGAUUCCUGUGUUCAUGAAAAAUAAAGAUGUUUGUGUUGAAGCAGUCACUGGAAGUGGAAAAACGCUCGCCUUUGUUAUUCCUAUGCUUGAAAUGUUAAUGCAGUGUGUUGGUACACUGAAAAAACACCAAGUUGGAGCUGUUAUUGUGAGCCCAACACGAGAGCUUGCGAGUCAGAUACAUGAAGUGAUUGAAGAGUUCUUGGAUGAUCAACAUUGUCCGUUCACUUCCACUUUACUUAUUGGUGGAACCGGAGAUAUUGAAAACGACACCAACGAUUUUGUUGAAAAUGGUUCCAAUAUAAUUGUUGGAACUCCUGGACGAAUCAGCUUUGCGUUGGAGAAAUGUUUGAUGUUAAGAUCUGGUGUUCGAUCCCUUGAAGUUCUCAUCCUUGAUGAAGCGGAUCGUCUUCUUGAUCUUGGUUUCCACAGAACUCUCACCACCAUCCUUGGGUACCUUCCAAAGCAAAGGAGAACUGGCUUGUUCAGUGCAACACAAACCACUGAGGUUGUUCAACUUAUGAAAGCUGGAAUGAGGAACCCGGUUAAAAUAAGCGUCAAAGAGAAAAAGCAAGAUUUGGAGUUUGCAUCUUUGGACCAAUCUGGUGUUACAAAGACGCCAUCAUCACUACAGAACCGAUACACCACCUGCCGUGCAUGUGAGAAGUUUAACUCUCUCAUGAACUUUGUAACGAAGAAAAAAGAUGAAAAAAUCCUCCUGUUCUUUUCCACGUGUGCGUGUGUGGAGUAUUUUGGUCGGGCUAUAAAAGAUCUUCUCAGCAAUGACUUUAACAUUCUGCUUCUACAUGGAAAAAUUAAGAAGAAACGUUUGGAAAUUUUUAGCAAAUUCCGUAAACUUGACAGAGGUAUCCUGGUAUGCACAGAUGUGAUGGCACGAGGUGUGGACAUCCCUGAUGUAGAUUGGGUGUUACAGUUUGAUCCACCAAGUAACGCAAGUGCGUUCGUGCAUCGUUGUGGUCGAACUGCAAGAGUUGGUCGUCAAGGCAACGCUUUAAUUUUCCUGUUAGAAUCUGAAACAUCUUAUGUGGAUUUUAUUGAGAUCAACCAGAAAGCUCCUAUGUUGGAAUACCAAAUGGAUGAAAGCAGCACGAUACAGUGGUCAUCCAAGUUACAGGAGUUGUCCAUAAAGGACCGAGCUGCAAUGGAACGAGGAUUGAGAGCAUUUGUUUCUUUCAUUCAGUCGUACGCAAAACAUGAAUGUAAUCUUAUAUUUCGAAUAAAGGAUCUAAGUUUUGGUGAACUCGCUACCAGUUUUGGAUUGUUAAGAAUUCCGAAAAUGCCAGAAAUAAAACUGAAGGCGGUAACUGACUUUGUUGCUCCUGUUGUUGAUAUUGAUGCGAUUAAAUACAAGGACAAGGCUCGGGAAAAACAAAGAAAAUUAGCAUUGAAGAAAAAAGCUACAGAAGGGGAGAAACCAAAGUUUGUGAGUGAAAAGAAAAAAGCUUGGUCAGGUUUAAAAGAGAAAAAAGAAUUGCGAAGAGUGAAAAAAGAAAAAAGGAGAAUGAAAAAAGAGAAAAUGACGUUUGAUGAUGAUGAGUUAGAAGAACUACGUAAAGAUGCUCAGCUUGUGAAGAAGUUAAAAAGAAAGGAGAUAACAAAAGCUGAAUAUAAUGAAUCCAUGGAUGCUGCAGAAGGCAGUCUUAACAAGGUGUUGUGAAAGCUUGAAGAUUCAAUGUCCUGGUCGUGGUUGCGUCGAGUAGCUGCUGUUUCGCCUCGUAAAUGUCACCCAUGAUAUAGCCACGUUCACAGCGCUGGACGUAACUUAGCAUUGCGUCGCGUUGCGCAGCACUUUGUGGAUCCCGAGGUGGCACUGUUACCUUAGUUCUGGUUCGAUAGGGAAGUGUUUUAAACUUCUGAGGAAACAAAGGGACAUCUCUGCUUACAGUUUCGGUCUUAACGUCAGGCUUAGUGGCCGCAAUGCGAAGUAAUUCUCGCCGUAUGCGUUCCUGCU